AUGUGCCUAGUGAUAUUAUUUGCACUAAUAAGACUUUACCAGAAUAUCUGCUGUUUUUUACAACACUGUUUUUCUCUCACCCAGUGCACCAACAGCAAUGCAUUCCUAAAAAUGGAUAAGAAAUACUACCUCGUCUCGGAAGCUUACAACAUGGCGAAGAAUCUCUUCAACCAGGGUCGCAACAACUACAUCAGUUUGAAGAGCAAGUCCUUGAAAACCAUCGAUACGUUCCUAGAUCUGGUGUAUAUCAUGAAUGAUGAAAUGUCCAAGGAGUUGAGAAGUGCGGUCCUCAAGUUCUACAAAGUGAAAUACUUGCACGAUUUCACUAAUUAUAUUAUUAGUAUGGAGGAGAUGAUAGAAAUAGUGGAGCACUGCCUGAUGGACCCUAUGGAGAAGCUGGAGCAGAUCCGCACGCAGUUCCACGACGUCAUCAAGAACUUCCAGGACGUGAGGAACUUCGAAUCCGUCAACAAGUGCCAUAAGGAACUACCUGAUGAGGUCGCUGCGGCACACUGCUUACUGCAUCAGGCUGUUCUUUUCAACGAAACAAUGCAAGAAAGCCUCGUAACAAUAGUGGAAAUAAAGACCCGCCAACACGCACAAGACAUGAACUCCUCACUUUACAACGUUCAGACUUGCAUCAACAACUUUGUGCCGAAAUUCUUCGAGCAGCUGAUGCUGGACGCGUAUACAGACAGGUGUGGCUACCUGAGGGUCGUGAACGCGUCCAUAGCAGACCUCGUGAGAGACAAGUGGAGGGGCAAUGAAACUGUCUUCCCUGAGAAGUGGAGCCCUCUUGUUAGACUGCUGAAGGAGAAAACCAAACAACCAAUCAGUGCGCUGGAAGAACCGUUACAUUUGACUUUAUUCGCGGCAAACCUAUCGUCCCAGGAUGUUGUUAGAACUUUAUACAAGUGAAAUAUGCCUAUUUUUGUAUUUGUACUUUUAUCAAUCCCAAUCUUUUUAAUAGUAUGUAUAAGUAAUUCGAAUGCGAGUUAGUUAUAUGAGCGUGAGAGGGUGAAUAUGGGCGGGUAAAACCACAAAGGCCAACUUUCUACCCAAGUGUGUAAAGUUGGUAUCUCAGGACGACGGUAAGAGCUAGUUGGAAAAUGACAUAUACAUUACUUAUACUUAUUUAUUUUAAAAAAUAACAUAAUACAUUCAAUUAAUCACCGAAUGGAAUUCCAAUACGUAGUUUAACCAUCUCAAGUUGAUCGCUAGGAAAUAAAGCACGUUUUGUUCGUCUAA